AUAAACAUAGAACACAGAACACAGAACAUAGAAGCAGAGUACAGCUGCCCACCACACGAAAGAUAAGAAUGAAAAUGCUGCCGCCAUCGCCCGCUGCGCUGCUGCUGCGCUCCGCUGCUCCGCUCGCUGCAGCAUCCGCCAUCGCAGCCAAACGGUUCAGGUGCUGCUCCACUCUGCGCAGGGCUUUGGCCGCGAAUGGCUGCUCCGCGCUGCUAUCUGACUUUUGCCUAAUUUGCUUUUUCUCGCCUCCCUCGCGGCCGCACAGCACAGCCAUUGUGGCGUGUGGCGGUGCGAUUUUCUUCUUAGGGUUGUGUUAGGGUUGGAGUGUUUGGUCACGUGUGUGUUUUAGCAGUCACGCUCGUCUCUGCGGUGCUCGAUCGCCAACACUGGCUCGCUUUGCCUCUGUAGUGGGCACAUCAGCACCCCCCCUUUCUGUGCCAUAUUCUGUACUCUCCCCCCCAUCACAGACCCG